AUGGCGACAAGAACAACAAGGAAAUCAACUAAACCCUUCGUUUCUAAGAGGAAUCGUCGAGAAUCUCCGAGAUUCCAAGCGAUUUCGCAAAGCCCUAAAGGUAUCAGACUGGAUGAUCGAACAAAAGAUGCUCGAUUUCGUCUGAUUGAGAAGGAAUUAGGUUUUGAAGAAGCUGAGAAGUUCUUCGUGAGCAUCCCUGAGAAUCUCAGAGACGAAUCUAUCUACAUCGAUGUACUUAGCAGAUACGCGAAAUCGGGGAAGAAGAUUAUGAGUAAAGCCGAGAAGAUGAGAGAGCGAGGUUUGCCCUCGAAACCUUCACCGUACACUUCGAUUUACGGUUCUAUGGUAAUCAGAGACAAAGUCGAUGAGAUUCUCCGAGAUCGAUAG